GUCAGCAAAUAUGCUUGCUUAUUUUCUUGAAAAUAGUGAAGAACUUCAAGAAGUACAAUUAUUUUUGCAAGAAGUGAUAUUAUCUUUUUGCUAUUCACAAAGAUACCAAUUUGGUCAAACCUUUGUUAAUUGGCUUGCUAGAGGAAGAAAUUAUGUAUCAGAAAUACUCUAUAAUGAAAAUAUUGACUCUAAAUUUCUAAUUUUAGUGAAUUAA